GCGAACCUUGCUGGGCUGCAAAAACUGGAGCUGGUGGAAUUUCGGGUUAAUGAUCAGCCGCCGAGCCAGGAUCGGUGCGGGUCCGGCCAGGAUGGCCCUGCGCGACCAGCGACACCCUCGGCGAUAGGGCCGCAGCCAUGGCCCAGAGGCUGGUGGGGGGCUCGUCUGCCCCCAAGGGGAAGACUUCUCCUUCGUCAGCCCCCUGGUCAAAUACCUGCUCUUCUUCUUCAACAUGGUUUUCUGGGUGAUCUCCAUGGCGAUGGUGGCAGUGGGAGUCUAUGCCCGCUUAAUGAAGCACGCAGAAGCGGCCAUGGCUUGCCUCGCCGUGGACCCGGCCAUCCUGCUAAUCGUCGUCGGCAUCCUGAUGUUUUUCAUCACCUUCUGCGGCUGCAUCGGAUCCCUGCGGGAGAACAUCUGCUUGCUGCAGACGUUCUCUAUCUGCCUGACGGUCAUCUUCCUGCUGCAGCUGGCCUCGGGCGUCCUGGGGUUCGUCUUCUCCGACAAGGCGCGCGGGAAGGUGAGCGAGAUUGUCAACAACGCCAUCGUGCAUUACCGGGACGACUUGGACCUCCAGAACCUCAUUGACUUUGGCCAGAAAGAGUUCAGCUGCUGUGGUGGCGUCUCCUAUAAAGACUGGUCCCAAAACCUGUAUUUCAACUGCACGGCCCACAACCCCAGCUGGGAACGCUGUUCUGUGCCUUAUUCCUGUUGCCUGCAAACUGACGACCAGUCGGUCAUCAACACCAUGUGUGGGCAAGGGAUGCAGGCUUUCAACUACCUGGAGGCCAGCGAGUUCAUCUAUACCAACGGCUGCAUUGACAAGCUGGUCAACUGGAUCCACAGCAACCUCUUCCUCCUGGGCGGAGUAGCGCUGGGAUUGGCCAUUCCCCAGCUGGUCGGGAUCCUGCUCUCCCAGGUCCUUGUCAACCAGAUCAGAGACCAGAUUAAACUGUUGCUUUACAACCAGCAACACCGAGCCGACCUCUGGUACUGAAAGGACUUCCUUGCAGGGGAAUAAGAAACAAGAAAUGUAUUAUUCGUGGCCUUCCCUCUCACCAAACCCGUGCCCGUCUCCCUGGGAUCCAAGAUGGCGCCCACAGGAAGUGACCUCAUUCCACCCGACUGGAUUGCCUGAGGCAUUCCGGGCGGCUCUUUUGAAGGCAGCUCCUUCCUGCAAGGAAUAUCUUGAAGGAACCUUGUUAACCCUAGAAGACAAAUGAGCACCUCCCAGCUUUGAAACUGCAGGAAGCUUGAAAACAUGCACUUCCACUCCAAGAUGCGAAGGUUUUUUAUUUCUUUUAAAGAGUUCCAGCAGAGGACAGGAAGGUAAAGAGUCGGCGCUGUCGGCCGACGAAUCUCCACCUGCAUUUUCCAUCUGUGGAUAAAGCCCUUCUCACGGCUUAAGAUGGGAGCCGCUGGAUUUGAACUCGGGGCCGCAGCUGGCCAUGGUUCUUGGCUACUAUAUUGGGGGGCAAAGAUGGGGCAGGCAGGUUGGGGCGUUGACCAAGGGCCUACUUGCCCCCUGCUCCCUCCAACUGGGGAGGAAAGGUGCCUUCUCGAACCCUCAACCUGUCCUUGCCAACGAUGCGCCAACUUUGUAAUAUAUCAGGAAUGUGUUCCUGCCCCCACCAACUCCCCUGGUUUAACUGUCUUAAACGGAACAGGAGACAGGCAGGACCAACGCAUCUUUGGGAGGUGGGGUGCCCUCACUCUGAUCGAGCCCCCCGGUGCUUGCGAAAAGCAGAACCCUUUUUGCCCCGACCAGGAAAAAUGAGAAGCACCCGCCGUCUUGAUAAGGUCCCAUAAAGGUAAAGGGACCCCUGACCGUUAGGUCCAGUUGUGGCCGACUCUGGG